AUGUCUGGAUCGAUUAAUGGAAAAUCAUAUUUAAAAAAAUAUGUUGUAAACGUAUCUUAUGAUUCAUCUCAAAAUUCCUGUCAAAAUGUUUUACCAUCCAUACUAAAAAAUAAAUAUCCUAAAUCGCUUUAUUGUCCGGCUAAGAGAAAGACAAAAAAAAAUAACACUUUAGAAAAUGAAUUUAACACAUCUGGUUCUCAGCACCUCAAUACCUCGUAUUCAGUAUCAAAUCCCUGCAGGUAUUUCAAAAUAAAAAGACAUUACAAAUCGGAUGAUUCGAGUGAUGAUGUUAACGAAGAUGGCGACAUACAAACUCUUAACAUAUUCAGUCCGUUAAAAAAAAAAUACAAAAGAGUUAGGUUUUCCGAUAGCAACGACAUAAUUAGUUCAGGUUAUUUCGAAACCUUUGACGAAAACAAAUUACAUUCACUUUCCGAUAAAAAUUUCCUACAAAAAGAAAACAUUACCACCUACAUGGAUAACUCUCUCGAACCCCUUUUAACGGACGAAACGAUGAAAAAAUUCAAAUUCAAUUGUCAGAAGGCUGUGACAAUUCCAGUUAAUGCCAUAUCUCCAAUCAAUGCGUCGCAUUUAACGGACAAAUACAUGAAACUUUAUCAUCUUUUAUCCGGGCACACGGUCGAAGUUGGUGAAAUUAAAGUCGAUGCAUCGCAACAUCCUUUGGGAAUUAAUUUUUGUAAACAUUUACUUGCUAAAAAAUUCGUCAGACAGGGUGAUUUGACUGUAUCCAGUAAACCCGAUGCAGCAUUUUCCAUAGCAGCCGUUAUGGUUUCACUUUGGGUGGAAUUCCCGGAUUUCGGUCAAUUAGUUUUAGCACAAUUUCAUUCUGCGUGUCCGUAUUUGGCUCCCGUAUUUAUGCCACAGGUAGAAGGACAAUCGGAUGUUGAUUAUCACAAAUCAUUAGGAUAUCAUUAUUCUCAAAAUGGCGACGUGGAAAAACAAGAUAGUUUUUUAAAAAGAAUGAGUGGAAUAAUGAGACUUUAUGCAGCUCUUUUAAUUUCAAAACCCCGUCAACCGGGAAAAAUGAAUCCCCUGGGAUUGUCCGAAGGUUGGAGGUGGCUUUCCGCUUUGUUAAACUUAAGUCCGAGACCCGACAUUUGCGCCACUUUACUGUACGAUUUUCUAGAAGUUGCCGGAAACGCCAUGUUUAAAUUAUACGGCAGGCAGUUUAAAAAAUUAUUGGCUUACAUCUGUCAAGAAUAUUUUCCCAAAUUGGAAAAAGUAAGUGCGGGAGGACCCAUUGUAAGAUUAGAAGGUUUUUUACAAAAAGUACUCAAAGAAGAAUUCAUUCCACUACCAAAUGGCAUCCUACCACAUAAUUUUUGGUAA